UUCGAUCUCAAAACUACAUGAAUUUCUUACAGCACGAAAUCUAGGUCACACUAAAUAGCUAUAGUCACGCGGCAAGUAUAGUGUUACUGGAAAACACGAGGGAAACGCUGUCGUUUUACUCCAUUAAUUUCCCGGAAGAACCCGAACUCUAAACCCUCCUCCCUCAGUCCGAGCUUGAAAUGCUGUGUGCGAUUCACGAAACCUCCGGUGAUACAAAUGUAACCGCCCAAGAGCAAGAGCAAGAAUGGGAAACAAUGGCUCAAGCGUGGCUCAGUUCCUUCUCCGAAGCCAAGGAAGUAAGCAUGGUGGAAGUUGAAGCUUGGCUCGACUCUAACCUCUCUUCUCUCCCCGAAGGUCUCCGAUCCAUGCCUCGCUCCGAUCUCUGUCUCAGACUCAUUUCCAUCCAGAAUUGCAUGAGGUUCCCCAAUCAGGAGAAGGAAGCAAAUAAUGUUGAAGUUCCUCAUGCGCGGUUUCAGCGCACUGAUCAAUGGCUUCCGGUUUAUGCAUGGUUAGAAACUUUGAAUAAGGACGAGGUGGUUAAGUCUAAGGAAAUUUCUGAUUGGUUGACAGAAAACCCUAAGAUUCAAGAACAGUUAUGUUCUAGGCAUUCUCGCUAUCAUUUGAUGCACUACAUCAAAAAAUGUCAUUUUAAAAUAUUGAAAAGAAGGGAGAAGAGGAAGGGUUUAGAACGACCUAAAGACACGUCAUUAAAGGUUCAGAAAGAUGUGGCGAUGAAAAGCUCAGUCACAGUUUCAUGUAGUUCUGUAAACAAUUAUCCCAAAGAUAGUGAUUUGUUCUUGGCCAAAAGAAAUGAAGCCUAUCAAAAAUAUGAGAUUUUAGUAGAGUUGGAGAAGCUGCUUGCCCCAAGAUUCUCGAAGCCUCUUAGUACAAACCAGUGAGGCUGUGUUGGAAACAUCAACUACUGUGUUAGCCUGCAGAAUGCAGAUUGAUUGUGCAGUGACUGAGAAUUUCAUGAUUUGGCCUCACUCCAGAUGUACCCCUGUUAAUUCAUUUUCUCUCAUUAUCAAGGUCUCUUUCUCCUUGGGCAUUGAAGAGUUAAAACAAAUACUGAACUGGGUUAUCGGCAAAUCUGGAGUCUGAACCUUUUGUGUUAUUUAUUAGUUAGCAAGGAUGACAUGAACUACUUAGUGAAUUAUUUCUCGCAUUGCAAUCUGGAAAAUUAGAAUUUCAUUUUGUCUAGAUUCCAAUAAUGUUAACCUUCCCCAAACCUUACCUUUUGCAUAUAAAAUGCAGAGCUUUGCACAUAAAAUGUAACGGUUUAAUGGCACUUUUAUACCCAACCCUACAACAAUUGGGUGGUUAUUCAGUUAUUUAUUGAUAGUAGUUAUAAUUUUUCAGUGCAAUAAUAAAA